UUAGUAUUUAGUAUUUACUAUUUACUAAUAAGUAAUAGUAAUUAGCAAUAGCUUUAGCUAUUAUAUUAUAGCGCUUGUCUCUUACUAAAAGUUGUAAAUUGUGAAGAUUUUCGUUUCUUAAACCUUUAAGUGUGCAGUUUCAUAUAUUAAUCACUUCAAAAUGAGUAUCAUGGACUAUAAUGGUGGUGCCUUAAUUGGCAUGAAAGGUAAAGACUGUGUUGCAAUUGCAACUGAUAAGCGAUUUGGUAUACAAGCCCAAACAGUUUCUCUUGAUUUCACAAAAGUUUUUCAAAUAAAUCCUCAUACAUAUAUGGGAUUUCCUGGUUUAGCUACAGAUAUAUUUACCGUAUACGAGAAAAUAAUGUUCAGAAAAAGAUUAUACGAGUUAAAAGAAAAUCGAAAAAUAUCUCCUAAAGCUCUAGCAUCUCUGGUCUCUAAUUUGUUGUAUGAAAACAGAUUUUCACCAUUUUUCGUAGAACCAAUGAUCGUUGCUUUGGAUGAAGUGACAUUGGAACCAUAUAUGUGUGAUAUGGAUUUAAUUGGUUGUGUAAAUAAGUCUGAUAACUUUGUAGUUGGAGGUACUAGUUCAAGCCAAUUAUACGGUCUUUGUGAAGCUCUUUGGGAGCCUGAUAUGGAAGAGGAUCAACUAUUUGAAACUAUCUCACAAGCUUUAGUCAGUGCUUGUAAUCGUGAUGCCAUUUCCGGUUGGGGUGCAAAGGUUUACAUUAUUAAAAAAGACAAGAUAAUUGUGCGUGAUAUCAAGACGCGUAUGGAUUAGGUGUUGGAACAUACCAAUUUCAAAUUGUACACAUUUUUCUCAUAAAAAUUGUUAUUCUUUUGAAAAACUAUAAAUGGGAUAAAAAUUAAAUUUAUAAUAAA